AUGGCUGAGGCUAUCAAUAACGACCCGGUAGACAAAACAGUGGGAUGGUAUACCGCUCCAACUGAGCGGGGUACAUUGUCGCUCGUCUAUAGUUGCCUUCUUACCAUCUUCGCUUGCACAUGGACAGUCCUUCACCUGAACGUUCCUGGGCAUGAAGAUUCUACCGCGACAAGAUUUCUCAGAAAAUUGAAGUGGAUGGCUAUUACCAUCUUACUUCCUGAAUUUGUCUUUUCAAAAUCAGUGUGUGAGUUAAGACUGGCCUUGAAGGACUACCGCGAAUUCAGAGAGACACUUGCAACAAUCGAAACAGACCGCAUCACUUGGGAAACGCCGAACCCGUAUGGUGGCAUGACAGGCUUAAGGAGAAGCUGGAAAGUGAACGACAAGGAAUCCAAAGUGGUACAGGCGUUAUAUCGCUUGAUGGGUCUCGGCCUAUGGGAAUCAGCUUCCAAGGACAAGCCUUGCAAUGAUCAGUCCGUCACCACUACGAGCGCGACAAUCGAAGAAAGCAAGACUUUGACAAAGCUACCCACGCACCCUGAGAGUUCACGAGGGGAUUCAAACGAACAAGAUCCUACCAUAGACAACACCAAUACACAAGAUCCAAGACCUGAAGUGGUUGUCAUCCCAAGUUCACAGGAUCCCGAGAACAGCGACAAAGACAAAACCCAAACCAGAUGGAGAGAGCAGCCUCAAUUUUGGACGCUAACUCAUUCGUAUCUGGCCAACAUGGGCGGCUUGGCAUACUGGCACACCGCUUUCAGCCCUUUUGUUCUCACAGGCUCCAAACUCAGUCGUCACUACGAGUGGCGUAAUGUCGAUCACCCGCUCAAAGGCUUUUCUCUCCAAAUGGAAGACAUUGCAGACAAAAGCAAAGCAGAUUGGCUGCUGAAAAGCCUUUCUGUACUGCAAAUUUCCUCACUUGUUUUGACAGUAAUCGCUAGAGGGGUAGCAGGUCUUCCGAUUACGCAACUCGAAAUUGCCACAUUGGCAUUUUCCAUAUUUGCAAUCGCCACCUUUGCUGUUAAUUGGUGGAAACCGAAGGAUAUAUCUCAACCAAUAUGGAUCCCCCACAUCACUAGAGGUUUUGAUUGUUCGGAAGAUCAUGAGCAAGAUCCGGAGAACAAUACUGGGGUUUUCAAUUACACUCAGCCCUUCAUGCAGCGUUUGCUAUCUCCUCAUCGGGCAAGACGACGUGAGAGACGCAUUCAAGAUCUACUUCGUGUCCCAAACGAUAUGGUAGAUAUGGAGGGAGAGGUCCCACUUAUUGUUAUUCUGAUGGCUAUUUCUGCUCUCAUCUUUGGGGGAUUACACUGUUCUGCAUGGAAUUUUGAGUUUCCUACGCGCACAGAACUUAUACUGUGGAGGAUUACUAGUAUUUCAUCCUCACUUGUUCCCUUUGCAUCUCUUCUGGCCAGCUUGACCCUAACGUAUUUCGCGACCUCUUAUACGAUUGGCAGAAAAGUUUCGGCUGUGAGAAGCGAGAUGGAAUGCCUGCGUGCAUGGCCGGAUGGAUAUCUCGACAUGAUCACGGACCCAUUCUUUCUGAAACCAGUCGUCAAAUUGCGUCCCGGAUUUUCCAUAUCGAGGCAACAAGAAACUCACUUUUUUCUCAUGGCAAUCUUGCUCAGACCAGCUGGAAUUCAUCGUUUUGAUAAGAUCCCAGAGGAUGAAGAAAUACAGCGAGCAAGGGACAGUGAGCAAAAAAGCGGCCUCUAUCGCACAGCAAGGUCUAUGGAACUUUUCGCAAAUCGAUUUGCACACUUUCGAGGACUGCUCAAAAAUUUAAAUGAAGGCAUCAGAUGGUCUGGUGAGUCGGUCGACUUAGAUUUCAGCAUCUCGACGCUGUUCAUAUAUGACAAAGAGUUGGAGAUAUGGAAAGACUUUGAGAAUUCUUAUGUUAAGAGAAUAGCCCCAGUGAUGGGUAAGGAGCACUCCGAGUCCACAGCAGUGGGCGACCUUAUGAGCGGCCUUGGCCGAUUGAGGGAAAGGUUUCACCGAUUCGACAAAACUCGUGAGCAAUGCACGAGAGCAUCCCGAAUAGUUACGAUCGGCGGUGGUAUACUCUAUAUCACGGCGCGUCUGAUCCUUCUCGCUCUACUCUUUAGCCCUCUAAGAUCGGCUCCUAUUGGCGUCUACCAAAACACGCCCUGGACUAGAUUCAUUCCGAGCUUUUCAUAA